AUGGAUAAGUUAAAAGAAGUUUCAAUACAGGAAAGCAAAAACUUGAAAGACGAUACAUGCACUGUAGCUGCAACGUCGGAUAAAAAAAUCUCAGAACUUGUCAUUGAUGAAGCAACGCGAGAUCCAUUUCAGGAAAUUCAAAACACACGCGAUUUUAUGCCUUCGGCAGAUACAUCGUCUGAACGGAAUACUCCACAGCUUUUUAUUGAAGAAGCACAAGAUAACGAAGAGUUUAAAGUAGAUGGGCGCAGAGUGAUUGACUUCAUGUACUUUUAUGAGGAGUUGCACAAAAUCGCCAAACACAAUUCACCUCUUGGUUGUAAUUUCAGCCAUUUACAACUUAUAAAAGAACAAAAAAAAGCAAAACAGAAGAGCAUGGAAGAAGCUGCAAAGGAAGGAUACGAUUUAGCCAUACAAAACGGUGACCUAGACGCUAACGGAGUACCAAUGAUUACGCGUAAACAGCAAUAUCGCCGAAGUAUAGCUAAAUUUGUGGGAGGAAAACGGAUAAACUAUUCAAGUAGACAAUCCUAUUUGGCUCGUUGUGCAACGUCCGUUGUGGCAUUUAACAUGAAGCAGCCAACAAUUAAUCUUUACGAUAAAGUAAUACACAAAAAACCCAAUACAAUUCUCAUGCGCCGUCUUGAGUUAAAAAAGAAGAAAAUGCGUCCAAAAUCCAAACCCAGUCGCAACAUCACUCUUCAAAAACCAGAGAAUAAUAUAGACAAAGACUACGAAGUUGAAAGAAAUGAUCUGGAAAGAAGGACAGUCUUGCAAUCAGACUCCACGGAAUGGGUGCAAGAAAGAAGACAGCGUCUGACAGCAUCAAGUUUCGGGAAAGUUUGCAAAGAAGGUCUUGUAAAAUGUGGACCUCUUGUAAAAAAUUUGCUUCGUGGAGCGAAUUUAGAAAAUGUCAAAUAUAUACAACAUGACAAAGACCACGAAAAUAUUGCGCUGGAACAACUUACAGUUUUUUUUAGUAGUAUUGACGGAUACGCUGAAAGAGAAUAUAAUCGUUUAUACCCUGCCAUCACAACUUUGACCGAAAAUGAGUCGGGAGUGGUAGUAGAAGUAAGCCCAUCAGAACCUGAACCCGAAAGCUUCGAAAUUCAAUUAGGAAAAGCAAUUAAAGGCAUUGAAACAAAUGAGGAGGCAAGUGCAGUGGCACUGUCAAAGUCUAUAGUAAAGAAAGAGUUAUUACUUUUUGAACAGACUGGGAAGAGGUCACCAAAUUUAGAAUCGAUGUACAAGGCGUUGCUUUCAGUUAAGCCUACCACAACUAAAAAUGAAAGAGUGUUUUCAAUUUCAGGAAAUAUAGUUAAUAAAAUAAGAAACCACCUAUCUGAUGAAGCUACAAAUGCUUUAGUUUUUCUAAAGACAUAUUUCAUCAGACAGAGUAAGCUGACCUAA